UACUAAGUUCCGAAAAAAUUUAUUAAGAGUAUUUUCCACAUCUGGAGAAGCAUAUCAUAUUUAUAAGGCCUAAUAUAUAAAACUUCUAAUAAUCAUCCAUUUUCUCUUUUACUGAAUGCGCUGCAUUAGGAUCGGUUAAAAUACUUACUGGAUGGUCAAACAUCUCAUUCUCAUAGCGAAAUUAUCAUUUUUCUCCACCCAACAAAACUAAAAGCUAAACUAUUCGUAAAUAUCUUAUAGCCUUUAGGCUAUAGCACAAAUCUAUUAUUUAUAUCAACUUAGUAAAAAAAAUAAGUUUAAACAAAAAAAAACAAUAAAAUUGUUAUAGAAGGUUUAAAUAGAAUCGAUAACGGUAUAGGCGAAACAAAACAAAAUAUGAAGCGUAAAUCAACUAUUUAGCUGUAAAAACAGCGGAGCGAAUAGUUUUUACUGAACCUAAUUGCAGAGCGCUGCUUAAUAGAUACAUUUUUAAUUAUCGGAAAAUAAAAGUUAAUUUUAAAAAAAAUCAAUAAAUAUGUUAACAGUCUAUGUGGUCAGCUCGUAAUAGACUGAGAAAUAAGUACGUUACCGCGAUAUCUUUCCUUUGCGGGACCCUCCUAUUUGCCUACUUCAUAAUUCUCAAGGGAUCUUACUACUCAACUUCAAAUCGAUAUCCCUCUUUGAUUUCCGUGACUCACAGUCUCUACUGGACCCAGCAAAAUCCUUUGCGAUAUGAAUUUAAUAAUAAUCUCAAGAGCGGCGCUGAUAUUAAAGAUAGGGAGGGAAGAUCCCCCCACGCUAGCAGUAACAACUGGUUCUUAGGAGGAGGACAAUUUUCGCCGCUUAGACUGCUGCACAAAUUUUCGUCUUCCGUACAAUCUUCAGCAGGUAACUCGGAUAUCGCCAAUGGAAGAAACGUUAAAGGAGGGGAUUUCAUAGAUCAGUAUGAUUUCAAACGAUAUUCUUCCUCAAUCAACCUUAGCCAAGUUGCUGCUGCUCCACAUCCUAGAUUUCCUUACGAACCGCAGAAUCAAUCCCCUGCCUCCUCUUCCAGCCUACCUAGCCCCAAAACCUACAAAUGGAAAAUUCUUUGUUGGGUCCUGACUAAUCCAGCCAAUUUACGAACCCGAACUGUAUACGUCAAACGUUCUUGGGGUCCCCGAUGCGAUUUGACUCUCUACCUCAGCACCUUUAGUGACCCGGACUUUCCUACUAUAGGGCUCUUAGAUAGGAACCAAACUUCUAGUAUAGAUGCGGAUACCAAAAAAAAGGAUGGAAAGAAAUCAGGGAGCACGAAGGGCAAAAAUAGUAAAAGCGGUAAAGGAAAAAUUGUCGAAAGCAAGCAACUUAAUUCAGAGAAGGCUCGUAUGGCAUGGACCUACAUAUACGAAAAUCAUUACAAGGAUUUUGAUUUUUUUUACAAGACCGAUGAUGAUACUUAUGUUAUAGUCGAAAAUUUGAGGGAUUACUUGGAAACUAAAGAUCCCAAUCAACCCGAGUUUUAUGGGCACAGGUUCAUACUCCGAGGCAAAAAUGUGACAUACAUGAGUGGCGGAAGUGGGUUCAUUUUAACUAAACGAGCCGUAGAGCUACUCGUCACCUACUCCUUCAAACGUUACCCCACAUGUAUACCUAAAGGAGCUGGAGAGGACUGGAAAACGGCUAGAUGCUUGGAAAUGGCAGGAUGUAAAGCCGUUGACACUAGGGACCAUUUGGGAAGAGAAAGAUUCCUGGUAUUCCCACCCAAAUCUCACUUGGCCGGAACGUAUCCUGCCUGGUAUUACAAAUAUGACGUGGACGGAAGCGUUAAAGGCAUUGGCUGUUGCUCAUAUUACCCGAUAAGCUUCCAUUAUAUCCGCGGAACCGAACUUCUGAUGAUCGAUUAUUUCCUUUAUCGAAUGAGAGUUUUGGGUGACGAAAACUUUUGGGACAAUUACGUUCCGGGAUUAUCGAAAGAUAUAAUUGAUCCAACCUCUUCGCCACCUUCGAUAACCAACAAACUCAAACCAAAUAACGGGACCAAGAAUGCCAUUAUCGAAAAAAUCCAUAAACCGCUGGUCAGCCGUAAAGUUAAGCGUAUUAGUCAGAGCAAAGAUAACUCGAUUCUCUCUACUACGGCUAUUAUUAGCACUUAUGCCAGUCCUAAAAUGCUCAAUUCCGUCCAAAAAUUAUUCGGUGUAACGAGUGCCUCAGUAAAGGUAAAUGACAAUCAUAAUCAUCUUAAAACUCCACACAUGACAAAAGGAACGAAAGAUAAAAAGAGGACGGCAAAAGGAUUACCUUAUUAUCAAACAUCCUUAUCAUCAAACUUCCUCGCAUCUUCGCAUUCAUCGACAAAAGGCAAAGGAAAUUAUAAAGAUGUUUCUAGAAACGAUAUUUUAUUUUAAUGAAUGUUCUUAUCCGAGAUUUAUAAUUGGAAUGUGAUCAUAUGAAGUUAGACAAUAAGAUCCUUAAAUUUAAGGUAAAUUGAAAACUUCAAAUGUAUGGUUUAUGAGCCAUAUUUUUUUUAAAUCUAAAAUAAUCACGUGAGAUUUAUAACAACUCCCAAUGACGUAAUCAUCAAAUCAACAGUGUUUUUACGUUUAUAAUAAUUUGUUAUUGAGGAAUUAUAUAUAAAAAUACAACUCGUUCUCUUAGCUUUAAUUAUAUAAAUCAAAAUUCUAAAAAAAAUAAGGCAAUCAUUUAUAUUCAUUCUAUGACUGAAUAUGUAUGAAAAGGUAGUAAAAUAGAAAAUAAGCCAAAUUUUUCAUGUCUUUUUUUAAUUAUAAAAUCAAUUAUUUUAACAUUAUGAUUGAUUAUAUUAUUGCAAAGUUAAAAUUAUUAUGCAAAUUAUAAAAAUAACGCGUUUAAAACAUCUAGGAAAAAUAAGAAAAAAUAUAACUAUUUUGUAUUUUCUUUUCAUCUCAUAUCAAAAAUAUUAUUAGUGCAUAUUUUUUAAAAAAUCCCUAAUCAGUAUUACUCUUCAACUCUUUCCCAUUUAGUAUUAUUAUUUUUGUUUGUCGGAAACAUAUCAAAAUGAUAGGCAAAUCGUUAUAAUCAUGGGUGACGCUUGAUGUAUCAUAUUAGUAUUUUAUUUUGCAAUAAUUUUUUUUUGUUAUUUAAAUCGUUUAUUAUAUUAUCAUAACUAAUCUUAACUCGUUUGUGGCUAUUACCUUAAAAUAUUUUAGGACCAAAUGUAUAAACCGUCGUUUUUUAUUCAUUCAAAAUGGUUUAUUUUUUAGCAAUUUAAUUAGUUGAGAUAAAUGAGAAAAUAAAUUAUUUCUAAAAUCGUUUAAAAAAAUAAAAAUUUAUAAUGUUAUAUUUAUAAAAAAUUAUUUUAUAUUAUAGCAUCGAUUAAUAUUUAUUAAAAUUUUAUAAAAUUUUUGAUAACGUCCUUAACCAAUUUAUAUGUAUAACUUUAUUGGC